GAUUCGCGGGCGUUGUCUCGGGGAGCGGUGAAUCCGGUCGCGCAAUUGGCUCGCAACAGCAAUAGCAGCAGCAUCGGCAUCAGCAGCAGUUUUAACAGCGGCGGAGAGACGAGAGGGAGAAGAAUCGGCUCGUGUUUCUAGAUUUGUAAUCCCAUCGUUGUCGCGGUGCGAAAGUGAGUUUGUAAACUUUGAGAGAGAGAGAGAGAGAGAGAGAGAGGGAGGGGGGGAGGGAGAGGUCUGUCGCGAGCGCGUUCGAGAACGCGUGUCGUUCAAGAUGGCUACCGCCGGCAACGCGUCGGCCGGCGGCGAGUCGAAUGGUGCCGGUAAUAAUAACGUGCCUCAAUGGAAAAGGGAUCUGAUACAACGACGGAGACAACAAAAUAAAGUUCUAUCGAGCAACGGAGCGAGCGCAAAACUCUCGUCGACGGAGAGUCGCGAGGACGUUGCGAUAGUUUGUCGUCAGGAACAACGAGACGCAUCAUCGACGAAAACGACGACAGUAACGACAACGUGCGAGGAAGAAAAGUUCGGUAGUGGCAGUAACGAAUCUGCUGCUAUCGUGUUCGCUGAUGCCGCUGCUAGUGGUGGUAGUGUUAGUGGUACUGGGGGCGGCAUGGGCGGCCUCCCUACCCCUACUAUAAUGGCCGCGCUUGUCGGCAGGGGGCUCGCUAGUGGCGCCACCCUUCUCCACGGCGGUAAUAGCUGCGAAAUUGGCUCAGUGGCGCGCAACAUGCGUCUCGAGGCGGAUCUCUCACUUUGCUCCGAUUCGGAGGAUGUAAACGGUAGUGGUGCUAGUGGUGCUUCGAUCAGAUCCACGGACAUGGAACGAAAGAUGGAGCACGGUGGAGAUGAUUACGAGAUCGAAGAUAACGUUCUCGGGACGAGGAGAACGCGCGACAACGUAUUCGAAGAACUUAGUGGUAACACGACGAGCGGCGUCAACACCGUCGGCAUGAGGACGAACGAAGCCGACGCCGAGAGCGACAGUUCCGAGGAACUACAAUACGGUCCUGGUAUCGUGAAUAAACUUAAAAGCAAAUAUCUCAAUCUCGCUCUUAGGGAAACGAACAAGAGCCGGGCGACCGUUCAACGUUUUCGACGCGCUGCUAGUCUGGAAGAUCUACUCGAUCGAGAGGACGAACCGACGAACGAAAAGAAUGCGACUACCGUUUCCGGUAGGAAGUACGCUAAGAGAAACGUGGCCGGGCAAACGAGCAAGACCGGCGGCGAUAGGUAUCGCAAUGCUAAUCGUGGUAACGAAACGAUGAAGAGAGCUAGAAGCGUCGAAACUCUCGUCAGGUACAAUGCCAGUUCGUCCUCGAUCGAUGAUUCCGGUCUCGCUAAGACGAAUCCUAACAUGAGGAUCACGUCGAGACAGGAUCCGAUUAACGAUCACAUCGUUCUCGUCGACAGGAGCACCGUUAAGAUAGAGAGUCGACUGAGCGAGAUAGACCGGCCCAAGGCGGCAAACAAGCCGAAAAGAAUCAAGCCAGUUUUGGCAGAAACCGAACGGCCUCCACCCGAUCUAGUCAAGACGACGAUGCGCAUAUUCGAAGGAUCGGCGAAAAAGUUGAAGCCUAAAGGAGAGGUCGCUGCUAAGGUAGCGACCUUCAAGACGAUCAACGAUACUUUCAAAGCGCAGAAUCAAAAGAAGGUACUACCUAAACCACCGCUACAGCCUAAACCCUUUGUCAAUGGUAAUGCUAGGACAAGUACCACUGGUUCCUCGUCACCGAAGAAGAUCGUCUUACCUCAAAAACCAACGGCCGAACUCAUAGAAAAAGAUGAGGAGUUUCAUUUCGAUGGUGUUAUUACCGAUCCUAUAGUACAAUCAGUUUCUUCUGUAGUGAGCAAGUUUCAGCAGAUCGAAAAGUCUCAUUCGCCGUCACCUUCGCCAGAGCCUACCUUUAAUAAGCUCAGGUUUUCUCCAGCACCAAGUCCAGAACCUCAAAAUAGGUCUAAAGUUGGUACUCUUGAGAUAGGUAUUAAGUCUCCACCUUUGACUCCGCUACUGUCACCUAGGAUCUCUUCUCCAGCUGCUCAGAGUCCCUCUUCGCCUAUCAAGGAUGUCAAUAUUCCGUUACUUCAGAGUUCCAGUCCAAUUCGUAAACCCAGCCAGGCUAAAGAGAUCACAGAAACUGGUAAGCUCGUGCAAACACAUACCAGGCAGGUGGAAAAAGAAAUGAUCUUGUCUAUGAGACAGAGGUUGCCAAGUCCUAAAAAAAAUGAAAGCGUCGAGUCGUCCAUUUCGAAGGAUCUUUCUAUCGAUGAGCUUAGACUAGAACCGGAAGUAGUAGAAGAAGUAGUGGAUCGAGAUGAAGAAGAAGAGGAGGAAGAAGAAGAAGAAGAAGAGAAGAACAAAGAUAUACAGGACGGGCCGAAAACAAUUUCUUCCUCGGCUUUAGAUAAUAUUGGUAAAGCCGGUACAACAAUGUGUUUCAGGUUCAACGAUGAGUCCAACAGCAGGGAGAAGAAUUAUUUACCAGGUGUGAAACAAAAUGGGCGAAAAGUCGAGGAAAGAGCAACAAGUAUAUCAAAGGCUAGUAGCUGUGAUAUAAAAAGUAAUGAAUCCUUUGUUGGAAUUCUUCGGGAUCAGGAAAUAGCUUCGAAACUUCUUCGCGAGAGAUUGGCUUUAGAUAAAGAUGACAAGAAGAAGAAUGGGGACAAUGGUGAGAUUGAAGAGAAGAAGGCUGAUAACAAACCUCCUAAGUCUGCUAGCUUAAUCAGUUCUACCACAACGUCCUAUUCUCAGGGUAACGAAUCUAAAACGAUAAGAUGUCCAAAAAGUGAAUCGUCUCCACCUCAAAAACAAAUUGGUAUUAUAAGACCACUUGUGUCUACCAAAACCCAACUUCCUCAACAGAAUUUAAGCAAUCGAGAAUUAGAGAAGAAUCUUAUAAAUCGCGUUAAAAGUAUAGAACAACCUACAAAGGUUGUAGUUAGUUUGAAGAGUGCUGAUGAGAUACAGCCAACUAAGAAGUCGACUUCCACCGGUGGUGCUGGUGCUGGUACUGGUGCUGGUGCUGGUGCUGGUGGUGGUGGUGGUGGUGGUCUUUGGGAUGCCAAACCCUGGAAUCAACAGAACAACACAAUGGUCUUCAAUUUUAGCAACAGGAAGGACGUUCCUGAUUAUAUAGAGAACGAUGGCCUUAUUAUCAAAAGGAAACGCGAGAAGCCAAAGGUUGGAGACGGUGGCAUCAUAGUGCUCGACGCAACUUUGGAUGCUUCAACGACCGACGAUUCCGAAUGGGAACUUUCGGGUGGACCACCGUCACCUUGCGAUGUAUCCUUUCUCAAUGACAAUAUUCUAAUCAAUGGUCGGAGCAAUCUAUCGAGAACACCAAGAAAUCACAAGCAUCGAAUACAAUUUGAUGAUAUGGCGACGCGUACCUUCGAAUAUCCAAGCGAGGCCUCUAUGCUGGAGGGCGAGGGCAGCAUCGUGGAUGGUGAAACCUCUGCUUCCGGAGAGCAAUCUACGCAGAUCAGUAAUAAAACGUCCGCGACCGGUUCGACGACGAGCAUCCCGUCGCUUCUCGGAGGUGGUGGUUUAGCGAGCUAUACACCAAGCAAAGUGGAUUUGGCAUCUGAGGGCUUCGAAUUAGGUGUCACCAGGGCUACGUUAACAACGGGUACAGGCUUAACUACGAACAACACGAAUGGCAACGAUCAACAACAGCAGCAGCAGCAGCAACAGCAGCAAGGGCAAAACACGAGCGAGGUCGACUACUUGAAACCUGCUCAAGAUGGUAAUGCAUGGGGUUCCGAGACGACCGGUGAUCUUCUUUAUUGAAUAGCCGAUGAACCGGUGAAGAAGAAGAAAUAAACGUAGGAGCGAGAAAAGAGGAGAGAAAGAAAGACAAAACUGCGAGAGCCCAAAAAGAAAGAAAAAAGGGAAUCACGUUGAAAUAUUUUCUGCCUUUCUACCUUGAAAUAUAUCAUAUUCCAGAGAUCGAGGAUAACGUAAGAAAAAAAGAAAGAAAGAAAAAGGAAAAGAAGAACGAUUAGCGUCGUAGGUUUGUAAAAAUCGAUCGAAGAGAUAAUAAUGACUUUCGAGCAAAUGAAUUCUGUUCGUUUGUUUCUUUUCUUUUUUUCCACGAGUCCGAAGAAAGAUAGAAAGAGUGGAGACAAAAGUAAAUAAAAACAAGUACGAUAAUGAAAUCCUCAAUCUCGAAUGCACGGCGCAGCAGGAAACGCGUGUUGAAUACGGUUAGACGUUUAGUCAAAUUUACAAAAGAAACAGUAUCAUUCCAAGUUUAUGCAUUUACCUCUUAUUCUUACGAUAUAUCGCGAAGCGAACGGAUAACUUUCCUAAAGAGAACGAAUCAUCGAUUACUGCCAAGAUAUGUUAGUAUUUGUUCUAAAUAUGGCGCCUUAAAAAACUACGAGCCAAUCGACGACGAUGCCUAUUCAUCGAGAGAUCGACGUAGUCGUCGUGUCAGAUAUAUAUGCAAAAAGAAAAUGAAAGCAUAUCACCUUUUUGGCGUAUUUUAUAGGUAUAUAUAUAUAUACAUAUAUGCAUAGUAAGGUCGAUAGGGAGAACUGAAAGUUUUGUAACCUUUUUGAGAUUAUUUUACCGCUAAGCUGCGAAGUAUUUAAGCUGCCAAUCGAGGAUCAGAAUUUUAUGCAAACGUUUUUAGGAAAGAAAAAGAAAAAGAAAAAUUAAAACAAAAUUAUGAUAAAAAUUGAAUAUCGUAGAGGUGUAUGAUCGGGGAUAGGGGGGUGGGGGGAGGGGUAUAUAUGUAAUAAAAACAAAAAGAACAAUACACCAAGAAAUAUACUGAGGUUUAGAUUUGUAAAAGUUUUUUGCCAAAGUAGAACGUAAGUCUACUUAGAAUAUACUUAUCAUAUAUGUACAAUAAGCCACUGUCGAUUUACUGAAUUUGUAAGAAUUGUAAGUCGAAAAGGAAAAAAAAAGGAAUUCACUAUUUCACGUCAAACGAUCAUUUCGAAGCGUAUUGGGAACGCGCCUCGUACGUAACUUAAAUCGUACUUCAAUAAAAGUACAUAUGUGAUUUCAUUUCGAAUUUCAGCCAGCUUUUUGUUUGUCAUAUGCGGACGAGGACCAAAAAUAAUGGAAUAGGAGAUAAAAAGAUUUAUUGGUUCAUUAAGAUUAAUCAUUAAUUUUAAGUGAAAAGAAUUAUGUAUAUACUAAAUUAUUAUUGGUCUUAUGAGCAUUUAGGUUCGUGAUAUCCACUCUCGAAAUUUAGGGAGGGAAAAAAUUAAGCUAGAUUAAGACCGAUAUUCUAUGUAUUUUUAUUUCUUCUAAUUGUCUGAUUUAUGUUCAAGAUAUUAGUGUACCACAUGUAUUCUGAACGUUCAUUUUUGAAUCGUGUAAGUAUUUAAUGUAUUAUCGAAGCAUUACUUGGUAUAGAUAAUCUUUACUUGAUUUGCGUUAUCGCGGACUGAUUCAAGUAAAAAUAAAUACAAUAUAAAGAUAAUAAUUUAUUGAAAGGUGCAUUUAUCGUUUGUAUUGAAUCGUUCUCACGUUUUGUUGCGUCUGAAAUAGCUAUUAAUUAGGUACUGUAACGGUUCUCCAAGUAUUUUGUGAUGUAAUACUUUUAUUUAAUUGCCUAUAUAUACAAGAUCCAUCAAUUAGUGGAUCAAUGUCACAGCGUUGUGCUUACACUGUGAUACUCUUGUUAUUCUUCUAGUACUCGAUAGUAACUCUCAAGGAAAUGCUCGGAAACAAGAACAGUCGGAAGACUAGGGUUAUAUCUGCAUGCUAUCGAUAACUGCGCGGAUUUAGGGAGAUUGUACGCGUAGGAUUCCAAAUUUAUUGACAAAGUAUUGAUUUGUAUCUCUUUUGUAAAGUAGAUUUUAAUCUCCUUACUGCAAUUGGGGGAACUCCGUAAUAUUUCUGUAAAUUAUAUUUGUACAAUAUGAGCAAGUACGAUCAUCGGAGUCCAUAUUAUUAUGCAAGUAGCAUUUAUGAUCAUCCUUAACAUUUGACGCUUGAAUUCACAAUACUACAUUAUCGAAUAUGCUUAUUAAUUAGAAAUAUCGUGUGAUGUAUCGUAUGUGUGUCAAAAUAUUGAAGUAAUAAAAGGAAACAAGUAUGUCUUA